AAGUAGCUGGAGAUAAAAAGAUAGAAGCAGAGAAAUGGCAGCUGCAGUGGGGGGUAGAGGUUUCCUUGUGCAGCCAUGCUCUUUAUCCUUUGUUUCUGAUAAGAACGUACUGAAGCACUCAUUUGGUGCAGCAAACACUUGCUGGCAUGUCAAACCAGCAAAACCUCAAGGUUUUGCCCGACACGUGGCGCAUGCCCAGCUGCGCCCUACAUGGCUCCCUGGGCUCGACCCCCCACCCUACCUUGAUGGAAGCUUGGCUGGGGAUUUUGGGUUUGACCCGCUUGGGCUUGGGGAGGACCCGGAAAGCUUGAGGUGGUAUGUGCAGGCAGAGCUGGUUCAUGCUCGCUUUGCAAUGCUUGGAGUUGCAGGAAUUCUUCUAACAGAUUUACUGCGUGUAACAGGGCUUCUCAGUAUACCAGUUUGGUACAAAGCAGGUGCAGUAAAAUUUGGCUUUGCCAAUACAGAAACUCUGUUCCUUGUCCAACUAAUCUUGAUGGGAUUUGUUGAAACUAAAAGAUACAUGGAUUUCAAGAGUCCUGGAUCUCAAGCCCAAGAUGGUUCCUUCUUCGGAUUGGAAGCUGCACUAGAAGGUUUAGAACCUGGAUAUCCUGGUGGGCCUUUGUUAAAUCCUCUUGGUCUGGCAAAAGAUAUCAAGAAUGCUCAUGAAUGGAAGCUUAAAGAGAUUAAGAAUGGGCGCCUUGCAAUGGUAGCCAUGCUUGGCAUCUUUGUGCAAGCUUCUAUUACUCAUGUAGGACCAAUUGAUAAUCUUGUGGAGCACCUAUCCAACCCAUGGCACAGAACCAUUGUUCAGACUCUUGCUAACUCUGCUUCUUAAAUGUAAAUCCAAGUUGGUUUUCCGCAUCAGAUAUAAUCUGAUGAAAUGAAAUGCACAUCCAUUUAUAAGUCCCUUCGGCUUUCUCUUCCACUUUUGAGGAAAGAUUUUCCAAACAUUGGUUUAUGUGCCAAUGAUAUUGUAUUGUUUUAAUACCAGCAUCAUCUUUGGUCUUG